AUGGGGGGCGGAGCUGACGGCAGGAUGCCGCUCUCCCAUAGGGCAUGUCCCAAGGGAGGGGCGGAGGGAGAGGCGAAACAGCGCUUGCGAUUGGGCCAUUCAAAUGUAGGCCGCUGGACGAUUGGGCGCUUCGAAGGUGCGGGCGCGACGUGGCGGGAAAGAGCGGGCAGUUUGGGGAGCCCGAGGAAAAAAACAACAAACCGCUGCUGUGGGGCCAUGUCCGCGAGCGGCCGGCGCCGUCGGGGCGCCCUUGACAGUGGCUUCACAAUGGAUGAGACAGUUGCUGAGUAUAUCAGAAGGACAGUGCUGAAAAUCCCACGCCAUGAAAUCAUGGAAAUGCUUACGAUGUGGGACUUCCUCUCCAAGACGCAGCUGCAAACCAUAAACGUGCAUCAGAUAAAGGAAAGAAUUUCCCAAGAAGUGGUGCAGCUUUGUGAGGAAAACUCUGCAAGUAUCAAGCAAGCAGCCAUCCUAGACAUGAUUUACAACCACGCCUAUCGGAACAAGAAGAUUUGGACUGUUUACCAAAUGACCAAAGCAGCGGAAGAAGAAGAAGGAAGUGAUGCUUUUAACUUGGCAGAUUUCAAAUACAAAUUUAAGAGAAGUCUUCGGUCAGCUCUGAAAAAUGUGACGAUCAACUUCAGAGACUAUGAGGAUAAUGCAAUAUGGAUUCGAAUUGCUUGGGGAACACAGUAUACAAAACCAAACCAGUACAAAGCUACUUAUGUUGUGUAUCACUCACAAACUCCCUAUGUCUUCAUUUCCAGUCUUAGGAUCCGCAUACCUCUGCUUUGUCAGGCACUGGUUCAUGCUUCCAAUUAUCAUGACAUCCAUGAAAUGGAGCUCCGAAGCCGUUGUUUAGACUCCCUUAAAGAUAUUGUGUUCAAGAGGUAUAGCCAGGUGAGCCACUUUUCAAGUUUUUAUUCUAAGACUUUCCAAACAUAUCACCCAAGACCUCUACAAGAAAGAAAUGUUGCUCCAGAAAAGGUGGAUCCGAGGAUAAUUCAAGAAAAUAAAAGGGAAAAAGAGAGAAUCCAGAGUGUGAAUCAGGAGGUCUUUGGUGAGGGUCUCCAACCAAAAAUAGAAUUUGCACAAUAUAAGCUUGAAACAAUGUUUAAAGGUGAACCUGAAAUGGACAUCCUGACUGAAAAAGAACCAUUCAGAUGUGUAGUCAAAUUUUCCAGUCCCCAUCUUUUAGAAGCAUUGAAAUCCUUAGCACCAGCAGGUAUGGCUGAUGCACCUCUUUCACCAUUACUUACAUGCAUACCACAAAAAGCCAGGAACUAUUUUAAAAUUAAAGAGCGAAAAGGCAUACUUUCAGCAAGCUGUGUAGGCACCUGACUUUUUUUUCAUUCACUGAGAAUUGUGUAUAUAAUGUAUUUAAUUACUGUAUUUAAUCAAAAGAGAAAUUUCAGAACCAUUUUUAAAACUAAUUUAUUCUUUUGGUAAUCCCUUGUAUCAUUUUAAAUGAUAGUUUACAUUUAAGGUAAUACUUUUUCCCUACUGUUCAUUUUUAACAAAUGGGUUAGCCAAUGAGAUUGACUAAAUGGCCUGUUGUCUAGCAGAUAGCUGAAUUUACUGUUUCAGCUAAUUAAAUUAGUUCAUUGAAGUUCUUUUGUGAAUCAUAACGUACUUGGUGGAUACACGCAAUAAAUGAGAAAACUGAUCUAAUCAGAAUGCAGUAAGUCAAGUAAUGUAGCAGAUUAGCGUUCUUUCAGUGUACUAGCACCACUUAACAAAAUGGUUAUGCCCACAGUCUGUCAUCUAGCAUCAAAGACAUUAAUUCUGAGUGAGAAUGUCAGGACACCAAUAUACACUACUUGGAAAAACUAACAUUCUAGCCUGGCCUUGAUCUUUUCAACAGAAGACUUGCUUCCUGUGACAAUAGUCUAUUGUCAUGACUUCAUUUAUAAUGAGAUGUAUUUUUUUUAAUAAUUUUUUUAAUGAGGUUAUGAGCUUAUGAUGACUAGCAAAAGCUGGUAUCAAACCAGUUGGUGCAUAUUUUUCAUAUCCUUAAAAUGGUGUUAGAUACUUAACAAACAGAUGUGAUCGUUAAUGUACAAUAGGUUUUUAAUAAUUUAUUUUAUCAAAUGACUGAGUAACUAGGUAUCUAAACUAUUAAAGAUAGUUACUUAAGUUUCCCCAUAAGUAAAAGACACUGAAACUUUCUGUUGAAGCAAAUUUACUUUUUAAGAGAAAAUUAUAAAACAGUAACACUCUGGAGAUUAAGGGCCUACAAAGUGCAUCUUUAGGGCUGAACACAUCCCUGCUUACUCCAAUAUCUUUAAUAUAGUUGGUAAGGGGGGAAAAAAAUCUGGUGACUACUAAAUAUGAGUUGCUGUUCAUGAUGUGUGAAAUAAGUUAGACAUGAGAUAUGCAAAACCCAAGCUAUAUACAGUUAGACAAAUCUCUGGGCACUUAUCUGACAACAAAUACUAACUGUAAUAAACUAUAUAAAUGGCUGAGGUAAUCCACUAAAUUGUCUCAUUUGGGCCCCAGUUUAGCAAUAUAUCAAAGUGCAUGCCAACUUUGAACAUGUCAGUAGUUCCAUUGACUUCAGUAGAACUAUUCAUGUGCAUACAGUUAGGCAUGUGUUUUGUACCUCACUGAAUGGUGGUCUUAUCUUGAAAGGACUAUCUGCUGCUAAUGAAGUCCAAUAGAAAAGUUUCCAUCUGACCUUUAAUGGAUGUAAGAUCAGACCCAAUGUUUGUAAUCACUAAGAGCAACAGCCAGUAAAGAACUUGUCUGUUUUUAAUUAUAUUUGUGUCUAUUUCUGUGUCUAAAUCUCCUAUCUUGAGAUUUCAUCAUAGGUCUUAUCGUAAAACAUAAUGCAGCUGGUAUAACUUUUACUUUGGGGAAGUAGUGUUUUCUGAAUGCAUAUCUUUCUGGGGUCUGAUCCUGCCACACUCCUUGCACACUAAAACUUCUGACUUUGUAUUCAUAAAGAUUGCAGAACCAAGCAAAUGUAGUGUUCAAGCAGAAAUAGGGGUUUGCAGUAAAGUUCUUAGUGUUCAUAAUUAAAUAGACAUUUUGAAUUUAACCCAUUUAAUAUUUUAAGAUACAGAUGUAAUUUACUUGGUUUGAAGAUCACUUGUAUUGUACAAAAUGUCUUAGAUUCUGUAUUGGUUAGCAAUUUAUUGUUGAUGUAUUUUGUGUAUUCAAAUUUUUUAUUCGCUUAGAUAAUGUCCAUAUGCAGAGAGAAUUUUUCAGAAAGAUUGUGGUAUAGUAUACAAAACUAUUUUAAGUUUUUUUUUUUUUUGUGUGAUUUUGUUUUUGUUACGUUUGAAGGGACCAAUAAAAAUUUAAAGUAGAACUUG